UCGUGUCGGUUGUGUUCGCGAUAGGCAGAGAGAAAUAAAACAGGUGUGGUGUCCUAACGCCCGCGCUUGUUGCAGGAAAACGAAAAUUUGAUCAAAAAGCUGGAGUCAACUGCGAGGAAAAGCCUGUCGAGUAGCACACUGCAAAGGUGAAGGCUGUCGUCGUCGUCGUGUGAAUUGUAAAGUUUGGCAGGAAAGUUUCGUUUUCCGCACUCGUCGCACUGUGGGAAAGAUAGGAAAAGAUAAAAUAGUCAACUAGCUUAGCUAGCUGCUGGCCCAGAAGAAGGAAAACUCUCUGUCUAGAGUCGAUGUAGGAGCUGGUUUCUUCAACUAUUUGCGGCGGGUAACGAAUGCUGCCGGAAGGUCGUCUUCUUUGCCUCAUCGAAAUAUAGCAAUCGGUGCUUAUUAAAACGGUUAAACCCACCCCGCAGUGUGGAUAGUGCUGUAUGAUUUAACGCUGUGCAUCCCCGUCUCGCCUCGAACGUGUGUAGUGCCUGUCGACGUUUGCAUACGUGUGCAAACUGGAGUGAUCGAAAUUCGGAAGCAUUUGUACGGAGUCUGAAACUGCUGGUCUCUGGCAAACAAAGCUUGCUUGAUGAACACAUCUGUUACACAGUGCCAGGAAAAACCCCUGGCUCGAUAGUGGCAAGAAAGAAAACCCUAGCAAUCGCGUGUUUCCCGCGACGGUUUGCCCCUUGUGUGCGGUUUCAAGUGGCCACCCGUGUGUUUUUGUCGAAUCGUUCAGUCGAAAUCGGAAAAUAAAAACUAGAGAAAGUUUCGUGCCAGUCGACUGCAGCGGGAAACUGUGUGUCCAACGUGUCACCAUCCAUCUUCGCAGCUGUUUCCUAAUCAAACCAGUAGAAGAACGUUUUUCUUCGCGAAGCCGUACUUCGACGCGCUAAGCAAACCGGAACAUGAACGGCUACACAACAGAUCUACCCACAAACAUGGAAAACAGCCGGAACUGCCUGCGACGGAUCGCCCGCCACGAUGACCAGGAAUUCUCGAACCAAAGCAUACUGAACGCGAUGGACAAGUUCGUCAAAUCCGUCAACACCAUGGACGAAACGAUACUGGUUCCCUGCCGGUUAAUGGAUCGCAAGGUUGGUGAUGCCACGGAUACGGUUCCGGUAGCACCGAAAGCACAGCACUACGGAGCGCACCAUGGCAAAAAGUCCAACCGCGCCACGACGCGGGAACUGCUGAACACCUCCGAACUCUUCCAGCUCUACAACACGCUAAAGCUGGUCAAGGUGGAUUUGCUGUGGGGCCGCCAGGAUGCGGAAGAUGGCGUGGAUGAUUCGGUGGUCAUGGGCAGCUCGAAGAAGUCAGCCAAGAGCAGCAGCAGCAGCAACAACAACAGCAGUAGUAGUAACGCCGCACACAGCAAUAACACAACCGCCGACCCGACCGUAGCGAUUGCCAGCAGCAACGGAUCCUCGGUGUCGUCGUCGUCGCCGGCUGGAAGCGAAAAGGUCGAGUCGAAUAGUAGCACCACGGCGAGCAGCAGCGGCAGCACCACGACCAAGGGCCACGUACGCCGGCCGAGCACCGUGUCGGUGGCUUCCUCCAACUCGGCAAGCACGCUGAGCGACUCGGACAGCGAAACGUCGGCGGAAAACGACUCCGGCAUCGAGUCGGAGGGCAACCAGGAGCAGGACCGGAGCGCCGAGCUAGCCAAGCAGUUCCGUACGCACCUGCUCGGACUCUACAGGUCGCUGGAGCAGAUGAGCGAAGCGGCCAACUAUCUGACCGCCCGGUAUCAGAGUGAUGUCGGUCCGGUCUAGGGACCCAGGACACCCAGGACAAACGUUUCUGCCCGUUCGUCAUUCACUCGCCCGUGUGUCUCUGUGCGCACGAGUCCUGAUUCGUCGCUAAUCUUCUCGCGCCUCGGAAUCGGCAGAGGAUCACUGAUCACUGAGAGGACGAUACAAAUUUAAAGAAAACGGUCCGCUCGUGUGCCGCUGAAAAUGGCGAUAAAAAGGACAAAAGAGU